AAGCUUAGCAAUCCCUUCAUUGAAGUUCUAGAUAUAAGGGUGACGAACAUUUUAAGAUGGUAAGAAGAUUUUUAUAAGAAUAGAAAGAAGCAGAGUUUGAGAUUUAACAAAAAAUUGAAAAAAAAAAUAAAGAAAAAGGAAAACGGGAAAGAAAAGCACCAAAAAGAGUAGAGAAAGAAAGGUAAAAAGUAAGAUGGGGCAUGCUAUAAUUUAUUUUGUUAUUGAUGGAGUUUGCAAACCUUGAAAUAAAUUCUUUUCCCUGGUGUCUUCUUUCAAUUUUGUUGACCUAUUACAUGAAAAAUAUUGAGCAAGUGUUGUGAAAUUCUUUUGUUUAUACUUAAACAGUUACUAUUAUAGGUAUGGAUCCCUCCAAUGAUUUAAUCUCUGUAUAUCUUCAAUGCACUUUCAGAUUGAAGUCACGUGUUCAUGUAAAACUCAACAGUCUUGAUUAAUCCCUGUGGCUGUGAAGGUUCGCGGAUGUGGCAUGUUUGGAGCUAAAGAGGCCACGGGUGCACCUGCAAAUUAUUAUUGGUCACGUGCGAAUUUACUUGGUCCAUCCAAUCAGUCAGUUGGGUAAAAAUAAAAUCAGAAAUAGAGUUCCUCUUUGCUCAAUGAGAAUUUGGGGAAUUAGUGUAAGGAGGAAUUGGCUUGGCAUUUGCAACAUCAGUUGGAGAAUGAGUAGACAGUCAUUAGUGCAAAUUGGUCGAAGAACAUUUUCAGACUCUUACACUGUCAAAAGUGACGAUUCUGUCUUGCCGGUGUUGAUUAUCGGAGCUGGUCCGGUUGGGCUGGUUCUCUCGAUACUUCUAACAAAACUAGGUGUAAGAUGUGCAAUCUUAGAGAAGAACAAGGUCUUGUCCGCACAUCCUCAAGCGCACUUCAUCAACAACCGGUCCAUGGAGGUAUUUCGCAAAUUGGAUGGUCUUGGAGAUGAGAUUCUAAGGUCUCAACCACCAGUAGAGUUUUGGAGAAAGUUUAUAUACUGUACUUCACUGACGGGACCUAUUUUAGGUGUUGUUGAUCAUAUGCAUCCUCAAGUAUCUUAUCUUACAUGGUAUCAGAGCGGGACGUUUUCCCUUAGUAUCACAUGGAAAAAAUAGUUUUGCAAGGAGAUUAUCUUUCUGGAACAUCAAAAGAAGACAAAAGUUCUUAUCUAGAAGUUCCUACAGAAAAUAUGAUGACUCAAGGAGGCAUUGUUUUUCACAUGUCCUUCCAAUUAACUUCUCAUUGAUUAAACGGGAAGAACUACCUGGAAUGGGCACAGUCCGUAAA